AUGUCUGCCAAGAGGCAGAGCUCGUUGUUCUCAUUCUUCACACCGAAAACAGGAGCAGCUAAUACAUGCUCAACUCCCAAGUCAACCAAAGUCAAAGAACCUGUGAAAAGAGAACCAGCAAAUGAUCCAGAUCCAGACAUUGAAGAAGAAUCUCGAACAUUAAAGCGUGUGAAUAAUGAAGCAGAUUCCUCUCCAGUUUUUCCCAACAAAAAACCUGUCAAAAGGAGACGAGUUAUACUCUCUUCGGACGAUGAGGGGGAUGAUGAGGAUGAGAAUCUUCUCAGCGUUCGAACACCUCCUGCACAGAGUAAUGUCGUGUCGUCAUCUACACCUAUGGCUACUGAGUUCGCCACACCAAAAAGCGCACGUCCAUUGCGACCGCUGAAAGAAUGUCCUACUCCGUUAUCGACUGCGGAGGCUGAGUCCUUCAUUGACUCUUUUCGUAUUGAAGACGAUUUGGAUGUGUCCGCUGCUUCCAUCGAUACAUUGGAUCGCACUAUUUAUCAAGUUGAGUCGACUAGUCGGAAUUCAUUGAAAGAAGAUAAGUUAGCUAUGGUGGACGAAGAAAAAUUCCCACACGAAACGCUACCCUUUUUGCAGCCGGAAAAUAUACGUGAUGCGCAAGGUCGUCGUCCAAAUGAAGAUGAUUAUGAUCCGACAACAUUGUUCGUCCCUGCAGAUUUCCUGAAAGAGCAGUCACCUGGACACAGACAAUGGUGGACAAUCAAGAGCAAGAAUUUCGAUACCAUCUUACUCUUCAAAGUUGGAAAAUUCUACGAGACCUACCAUAUGGAUGCCAUGAUUGCUGUCGAAUGUUUAGGACUUUCUUUCAUGAGGGUAAGUACUAAAGUUGCUAUGAAGCACUAG